UGUGUACCUGCGCUUCAAUCAGCCUCUGAAAUUAGUUUAGCAGUCCGUCGGUUGAGAAGUGUGAACUAUUUACCUGCCCGCAGCAUCAGCCUCACCUGGACGAAGACACCUCGCUGUGUCUGGACCAACUGUUUUCCGCGGAAGACUUCGCGUCAACUCCGAGGAGCGGCGGAAGGUGUAGCUGAGCGGGCGAAUAUAGCGCGAGACUCACGGAAACCUGUGCAGGUACAAAGAGUUGGUCGUGGAGGUGUGCGCGUAUACAGAGAAGAAAGGGCUUACCAUCGAGGACAACUCAUUUGCAGACAUCAUCCAAAGAAGGACUUUACUCUUGAUUGAUAUUGUUGACCAUUUUUCCCCAAAGUAAGUUGGUGGGGGAAAAAAUCCUACUGUUUAAUUUUUGUGAGAUAGCGGGGAGGACUUCGGGAAUUCACCAUGCCACGAGCCUUUCUGGUGAAAAAAACAAAUAAUUCACCCGGCAAAAGAAACUGGAGCAAUCUACCAGACCAUGAGCGCGGUGACAUUUAUAUUCCAGUCUCCAUGUCUCCCCUUGCUCUUCGAGAGGAGACAGAAGCCAGUCCGGCAGAGGUGGCCCUGUGCUUGUCCAUACGCAAGGACCACAGCAUUUACACGAACAACCUGAUGUACACAUAUGACCCCUGUGCAGUGGUGCCUGCAGCUGAGCUCCCAUCCUGCACUGCUCUGGGGCAGCAUCAGAGUCCAGAGACAGAGCACAUUCGAAGCUCACACAACAAUACAUACGUCCGCACUAAAAUAAAGGUGACCACAGGUGAGCUUCCCACAGAGGCUCCACCCACCAUCCCUACUAUCAAUACAGGUCCACCUGUUUCUAUAGCAACACAUUGCCCCUCGCCUGUCACUAAGCCAUCCUUAGUGCAGUCGGGUGGUGGCACCUAUGUUUGCCAGUUGUGUCAAAAAGUCUUUCAAUUCCAGCGCAUGCUAAACAGACACCUGAAAUGCCACAGUGAGCAGAAGAGACACUUGUGUGACUUCUGCGGAAAGGGCUUUAAUGACACCUUCGACCUCAAAAGGCAUGUCCGCACGCACACAGGUGUCCGUCCAUAUAAGUGUGAUCUCUGUGAGAAGGCCUUCACCCAGCGCUGCUCUCUGGAGUCCCACAUGAAAAAGAUACAUAGUGUCACACAGCAGUAUGCUUAUAAAGAGCGUCGCAGCAAGCUAUACGUCUGUGAAGAGUGUGGCCAUACAGCAUCGACCCAGGAUGCAUUGCUGCACCACCUAAAUAGUAAACAUCCAGACAGUGCCCUCCAGCGGGCCAAGGGGGCACGAAGACAGUCAGCAUCCCUUAAUUCUGGCAAAGAUGAGACCUCCCAACCCGGUUCCCCUCUCUCCCAACACAGUGGUGAUUGUAUAUGACUCUUCUGACUGUAGGAUCAGGGGGAGGUAGACAGAGGGAUGAUCCAAAACAAGGGAUCUUUUUUUUUAAGCGAGUGUGAUUAAUGUACAUUCUGAUUAAAUAUUGGUUCAUUCAGAGUACAUAUAUGAGGGAAGGGGGAAUUUGAAAAAGGAAUGUCAAGUCAUCAAAAAUGGUUGUGUUGUGAUGUUUUUAUGGCAGUAAAAUGAGAUUAAGUUUACACUUUUGCUGUAGAAACUGGUUCUACAUUUCUCUGUGAAUCUACACAAUAGCAGACAAAAAUUACUACUGCUUCAGUUUACAUAUGUAAUAUUAUUAUUAUUAUUAAAAUAGGUGGGAUGAAACACCUCUCAGGAGAAACACAGAUGAAUGUGACAUUAAAUAGUUCCAUUUGUACUGUGUGGGAAAACAAUGCUAUGUAGCAGUGUUUCAACACUAAAAUAAUACUGUUAGGAACUCUGUUGCAGGGACUGAGUUGCAUAUCAGUGCUCUGCUUUUUUGUGGUCUGUUUGGAAAUAAAGAUUUCUAAAACGGGAAUUAAAUGUGUGAUGUUAUAGUGCUGUUUGUAAUAUAUUCAUGCAUAGAUUUGUCACAAAAAUAUAUUUAUAUUUAUCUUGGUGUAGUUUUAUAUUUUCUCGGUAUAUAUUUUGCUCUAAAUUGUAUGCAUUUAUUGUGGCAUGUAAGUAACAGUCUUCCUGUAACGCUUGAUUAUCAGGUUGCAUGACUUUUUUUUUUACAUUCCAAAAUACCAUAAAUAAAGUUUCUUGUCAUUGUUAGAAUAUUUACAAAGAUUCUGUGGCAUUCUAUUUUUGGAGAUCAUCAAAGAGAUUGUGUGUUUUCUAUACACACCUUCUCAAUAAAUGUG